AUGGAGACGCGGACGCUGCCUGUCGACGCCUCCAAGAUCGGCGAGAUCGUGGCACGUCCUAACCCAGACGACAUACUGGAUGAACUGAGCAUACAGCUGGAUGUGCACUCUGCCGAUGCACAGUAUCUGAGAGUUGCCGCCGAGAAGCUCAGGUCCUCUCACUUUCCCGUAGCCUUCCCCACAGAGACCGUGUAUGGGCUCGGCGCGGAUGCUACGAGGAGCGAUGCCGUCAAGGGCAUCUACAAAGCUAAGCAAAGACCUUCAGAUAACCCGCUCAUCGUACAUUUCGCGUCUCUCAGGCAGUUGAGAUCUCUUUACACAGCCAAGCUUCCAGCCCAAGAUCGCCUUCACGAGAAUGGCACCGCAAAAGAUCCAAUCCCUGACAUCUACAAGCCUCUGAUAUCUCGCUUCUGGCCAGGACCAUUGACCAUCAUUAUGCCAACUCCCAAGGACUCGCCGUUGGCACCAGAGGUCACGGCCGGCUUGACUACUUUCGGUGCUCGCAUGCCUCGACACGUCCUAGCUCUGGCACUCAUCGACCUCGCUGGCGUUCCAGUUGCUGCUCCUUCCGCAAAUGCCUCGACCAAGCCUUCUCCGACAGCCGCUGAGCAUGUUGCCUACGACCUCGACGGAAGAAUAGAGAUCAUCAUUGAUGGCGGCCCCUGCGACGUUGGAGUCGAGAGCACCGUCGUUGAUGGGCUGUCAAGCCCGCCUGCCAUUCUGCGGCCGGGUGGUAUCAGCCUGGAGCAGAUCCGUUCCUGCCCUGGCUGGGAGCAUACGCACAUCGGAUACAAGAAUCUCGCUGAGAGCGAAAGCCAGCCAAGAGCUCCUGGCAUGAAGUAUCGACAUUACUCGCCAAAAGCUACCGUCGUACUGUUUGAGUCAAACAAAGCCGCUCCUGCUAUGACUGAGCUCAGCAAAGCUCUGGGACCAAAUGGAAAGAUUGGUAUAGUCAGAACAAAAAGCUGGACCCUCGACCAAGCUCAGGAUCCUCUCAUUACUCAGUCGUCCAAAACCGUUCCUGUGUCAAACGGCGCCCAAAAAACGCUGAACGAUGUCCACGCUGCUCCAGGAUUUGCUGGGAUGUUGACAAGCGUGAACGCCACUGCAAAAGCAACAUCUCCCUUAACGAAAAGUGGCGUGCAAAUCGGAGGAAUUCCUGUUCAAGUCCUUGACAUCGAUCUUGGUCCUGCAACAAGCAACAUAGCACGCGGCAUCUUUUCCGCGCUGCGCGAUCUGGAUCGAGAAGGCGUGGACACCAUCUUUGUGGAAGGCAUCGACGACAGCGAAGGCGACACAGCAGCGGCCAUCAUGAACCGGCUAAGAAAGGCGGCUGAAGUCAGGCUUGGAGGUUGA